UUUUCGCAUCGUCGCUCGCUCUCAUCCGCCGCAACCCUGAAGUUCAUCGUGAUCAUCCUGGCCGCCGGCAUGGUGGCCUUCAUCGGGGCAGUCAUCUGCAUCAUCGCCGCCGUGCACACCGGAGCCUCGCGGAGCAGCGCGCUGCUCAAGCCGGCGGCCGCCGACAACCACUCCUUCUUUCCGGACUCGGUGGCGCAGACGCCCGCGGCUGGAAGUUCCGUGGCUCGCGUGGGCGCGCUCGGUGCUCUCCAUGGUUCUGAAUCCCCGGACUCCGAAGCGCCGACCUUCAACGGGCUGGAUGGAGUCAGUGGUCUCACCGGGCACGACCCCACCGUCAGCCGUCUCAUCUGCACCCCGAUACCCGCCGGGGAAUGCAACCCCAAAAACUUUGGGCAACAAGCGGACGACGCUUCCCUGCACGCGAGGGAGGACUGGGGGUCUCUGCGUUCCAGAGCCGAGGAGCUCCGGCAGACCGUCCUGCAGCAGAAGGAGCAGAUCCUCAGCGACCAGAGGACCAUCCGCGAGCUGACGGGGAAGCUGUCCGAGUGCGAGAGGACUCUGGAGGCGGAGAGACGCGGGGGCGCCACGGGCAUGAGGAGCGCGAGCGACCCGGCCCAGGCGCACCUGGAGCGGAUGAUGGUGCGGGACAGCCCGGCCUCGUCCUCGGACGGCGUCCAUGUUCUCACCGUGAGGGCUGUGGACGAGCUGGAGCAGGCCAUCAGUCAGCUGAAGGAGCGCAUCGAGAAGCUGGAGGCGGACAUCGGACCACUCCCUCGCAACCACUCGGACGGUGAUGCUCCGGUGGAGGAGAGCCGGACCUCCGGCCGGCUGCUCAACGAACCUGGACACCACAGCGGACCGCAGAGGUCCUGGAGGAUGGAGGACCUGGAGGGGGAGCUGGAGAAGAAGGUGGAGCUGCUGGCCAAGGAGAGAAAAGCCCUGCGGCUGGAAAGUGAGAAGCAUCAGCAGGAAAUAGACCUGGGCAUCGAGCAACUGCAGCGGCGGCUGGAAGGACUGGAGGAGGGUCACUCCUUCCCAGAAGGCUUCCGACUCUCCUUCCCGACCCGCACCAACUACAUGUACGCUGUGGUCAAGCGGGCCGUGCCAAAGCUGCGAGCCUUCACCCUCUGCCUGUGGGUGCGGCCAGCAGAGGGUGGCGUGGGCACGCCCUUCUCCUACGCUGUUCCGGAGCAGCCCAACGAGUUGGUGCUGCUGCAGGGUCUGCACUCCUCCACAGAGCUGCUGGUCAAUGACAAGGUGGCGCCGCUGCCGCUGCAGCUGAGCAGAGGCAGCUGGCAACACGUGUGCGUGAGCUGGAGUCAGACGGCCGGAGCGUGGCAGGCCUACCAGGGGGGCAAGCUGAGGGGCGAAGGUCACGGCCUGGCAGCGGGUCACCAGGUCAGACCCGGGGGAGUUCUCAUCCUGGGACAGGAGCAGGACUCUCUUGGCGGCGGCUUCGACUCCACUCAGGCUCUGGUGGGAGAGCUGUCCCAGGUGGGUCUCUGGGACCGGGUCCUGACCCCCGCCCAGGUGGCCAGCCUGGCCCGCUGUGGAAGAGUGACCCAGGGCAGCGUCGCCCCCUGGACGGACGCCGGCGUGGAGGUGCACGGCGGCGCCACGGCCGACCCUGGGGAGCCCUGCAGCAAACACAGCCACAGCUCUUAGGUGGGGCGGGGGCCAGGGAGCAUGGCUUCUCAACCUUGGUCUCACAACACACGCGGACUGUUCAGAGAGUCACGGCUUCCUCAGGGUCAGCUAGGAAACAACAGUCGACCAAUCGCAUGAGCUUUCAAAAUGAACCAAAACAAUUUGUCAUUUUUUAUUUUUCACAUUCGGCAAGAGUUAACUGUACAAAAUCAUUUCAUGGUGAAUUCAGAUAUUUGAUUUGACUGACAGCAAUAUGCUCCUGAGUCCUGGUCACAUGGGGUUUGGUUAAAACUGCCUUCCUCAUUCAUGCACUGGAAACACCUGUUCACCUCCAACAACACAUCGUCAGGUGGAAUAUUUGGGGAGUGAAGGCGGUGCAAGACAAGAAUUCACCAUCUUUUUUAUGUGAAGUGAGUCCAAAACUUUGAGAGAAAACCCAUAUCUUUGAUCAUAAACCGCUUUUUUAUUUGACUUAAAACAAUUUCUUCACGUAAAAACGGAAGAAAUUGUGAAGUCAGAUUGAGUUUGUUUACUUCCAUUUCACACCUGACUUUCAGGCUCCAAACAGAACAUUCCAAGGAUGAAUUCCCACGUCGGUACUGGCUGACGUUUGCAGCCUGGAAUGACACAACACCUGUGUUUCGUUGACUCAAACAAACAGCGGCGAUGUUGGACUGGAGGCUCCGUCAUGUGACCAUGUUUGGGCUGACUGUGGAGCUAACCAAGGGUUGGGGCACCUUAGUAGUGGAGAUUCGCGGUGAGAUGAGGAAAGAGUGGUGGGAAUAUUAAGCAGUGCCGAGGGGAUGAUGAAAGAGGCAGAAAAAUGUGCAGGUUUGGGAUGGAGGAGUGGCGUCUGCCGCUCUCCGCCGUCUCUCUCCUCCACACUCCACUGUCGGAGCCACCUCCUUCUGGUUCACAAUGCUUCAGAGAUUACACAAACAAAACCCAACGACCUCUGCUGACCUUGAUGCAUUCCAUGGUGUCGGUUCUGGUGUUGCCCCAACUGUAAACAAUGUCUCACUGCCCGUGACUGCCCGGCGGCCAGACUGACUUUCAAACCAUUUCACCUGGAACUUCACUGAGCCACUUCAGAGAAGAGACCGUCUCUGCUGGUGUUGCUUUGGGCUGCAGAGAUGCUUCAGUCAUGAGGAGCUGCCGAGCGGGGUCUGGGACCAACAACCUCUCCAGGCUUUAUGUGGUGCAUGUUUGGAAAAUGCCUUGUUGCUUUCAGAGUCUGUGCGUGUUGAACCGUGUUGUCACUCUCUGCACCAGUCGUGGUUCUGCAGAUGAAGCGGCGUGUUGGUGGUGAGGGGGCGAUGGAGGACUGGAGCAUUUGGCUGAGCCUCCAAUGUCGCGCCUUCUGUCUGCUUAGUCUUGCUUCUUGUAUCUGAAAUGUGCUGUGUGGAGCUGCUGUGUGUCCGUGUUCCGUUGCGUCCUGCCUGCUGUUGAACUGUCCUGCACAUGUGCCAUGUUUCAAACCUUUACUAUUAAAGAAUGACUUUCCUAACUGGUGUGUUCAUUUGGUGGCCCGCUGCUGGCGGGCCAGCGGACCC